AUGAACACUUUGGAACGAUAUAAAAUAAUCGACCAGGUCAUCCAGACAGAGAAGGAACUGGCCAACAUUGUUCUUCCUGCCUAUGGCGGUCUCUUCCUUCGUGAAUUGCUACCAAGUACGAUCAGACAGCAUCCACUUCCCCAAGAUCUCGAUCCCGACUGCCUAUUCUGCGUUGGACCCUCCUGUAGACGCACAUGGUGGCACGACGAUUCCACCAACGUCAUUGGACAACGACCGGCAAAUGUAGGGCCAUGGACGCGCCUUCAAGAUUAUGCUCUAUCCGCUCUCCAGCGACAAUUUGACCGUAUUGAAAGAUCAAGAGCAGAGGUGCAGCGGGAACUCUCCAAUUUCGACGAGACUCAAUCGAUAGAUGAAUAUAGAAUCCUCUUGGACAAACUGCACAAGGCCCUGCCGACCUUGUCACAGGACCAACAGGUGGUGAAUGUUUCCGAUCCCGUCCUGUGGCAUACUGACUUACAUCUGGGAAAUAUCUUUUUUUCCCCUACUGAUCCUGCCAAAAUUGAAGGGCUCAUUGACUGGCAGUCAUGCCAUGCCGCGCCCUUGUUUCUGCAAUCUCAAUUUCUAGACUUUCUUGCGCCGCCAAAAAAACUACACUUCAGGCAUGGAAUUACCAUCAUUGCCUGA